AUGGUAUGGUCUAGUAUAAGUAGGAGAACCCGUCUCUUGCCGUACUUAAGGGCUUUCCGAAAUUCCCCAGAAUUCAGGGGCCAAUCUAUUAUUCCUGAAGGAUCAUGUUAUAACAUAGCUAAUCCUUGUUCUGGAUUCCAGCGUGAUUUCUCUUGUAAAAUACGUCUGUCAAGGUUUAAGCAGGAAUUGAGUACAUUGUCAUACCAUCAUUGUUACAGCUCUUCAGCUUUUGCUUCACACAAUGUUGGAAGGUUGUGUUCCAUGCCUGGUUUUCGAAACUUCUCAUCUCAUGCAUCCACAGAGCAAAAAUCACGAAAGAUGCUCAUUUACUUGACAGGCUUGGUCUUUGGAAUGGUUGGAAUGUCAUAUGCUGCAGUUCCCCUUUACCGGAGAUUUUGCCAAGCAACUGGCUAUGGGGGAACUAUUACCCGCCGUGAGAGUGUUGAAGAAAAGAUUGAAAGGCAUGAUAGAAAUCAAACAGCCACAUCAAGGGAAAUUGUGGUACAGUUCAAUGCUGAUAUUGCUGAUGGGAUGCCAUGGAAGUUUGUUCCUACACAGAGAGAGGUUAGGGUGAAGCCCGGAGAAAGUGCCCUCGCAUUUUAUACCGCGGAAAACAAAAGUUCUACUCCAAUAACCGGUGUUUCUACAUAUAAUGUAACUCCCAUGAAGGCUGGAGUUUACUUUAAUAAAAUACAAUGCUUCUGUUUUGAGGAGCAGCGGCUGCUUCCUGGAGAGCAGAUUGACAUGCCUGUAUUCUUUUAUAUCGACCCGGAAAUUGAGGACGAUCCUAAAAUGGAUGGUAUCAAUAACAUAAUAUUAUCAUAUACUUUCUUCAAGGUUUCUGAAGAAUAA